UUUUCUCUUCAAUUUCUCUCCAAGGAAAAUCAUGGGGGGGCAAAUGAAGUGAAGUGGAUCCAGUCGGGCGGUAUAAUAAUGCCGAGAUAGGCAUAGGAUAGCGCGCAGCAGCAGUAGCAGCCCCUCUCCCUCUCUCUCUCUCAUCCCCAGGCGAGAGGCAGGCUCCAAUGGAAGCCACGCCAUCGUGAAGAGUGGAGUUGGAGUUGUGCUGCCCAUUUCUCAUUUCCCCAGAGUCCCAAGAGACCAGGGCCACGCCAAGAAGAACCCACGGCAGACGGCGCCCAAUUCCCCGAUCCCGCCACCGCCCGCCGCGCGUGUCCGGCCGGCGAGCUCUUCUUGGCCUGGGUCGUUUCGUCUGUCCGUCGGUCGGAGCUCGGAAGGCAGGCAGGCAGGUAGGUGUCCAUUGUGAUCUGGGAAUUUGCCGGCCUGGCCUUGUUGGAUUUGGUUUACCGGGGCGUCCGCGAGAAAGUUGCGCGCUCUCCCUCUCUCUGCUUUUUCUCGCGGGGGGUCGAAGCUUUGAUCUGCGUCACACACCUGUUGUUCUUCUUAUCCUCAGGGCAUCCGAGGUGGAGGAGGGAGGGGCAGGCGGGCAGCGGACCACGGGCGGCACGUGACGAGCAGUUGGCGAUGGCGAGAAAGAGCAGCGGCGAGGGGCGGGCGCGCACAUAAAGAGCAGGCGCCUGCGGAGUGGAGAUCUGAAUUCUUGGGCUUUUGGGUGGAGCACCGCGCGCAGAGAGAGAGAGAGAGAGAGAGAGAGAGAGAGAGAGGGAAGCCGAGAGGGAGGAAUGGAGGCGGCGGCGGCGUUCGGCACGUUGGAGGGGGUGGUGGGGGAGAUCACGCGGCUGCACCGCUCGCUGCCGGCGCGGCCGACGCUGGACGACGUGGAGGCGGCGGAGGCGCUCGCGCGCGCCGCGGACCGGGAGGAGCGGGCGCGUCUCGACGCCGUCGAGGCGCUGCGGAGGUCGCCGCUCGUGCCCGAGGAGCUCUUCUACGUCGCCCAGGAGAUGCACCGCGCGCUCGCCGGCUUCCAGUGCCGGGAGCAGAAGCGCGACGUCACGCGGAUCCUCGAGCUCGACGCGCUGCACGCCCUCUUUGACGACCUCAUCCAGCGGGCGUCCCAGUGCGUGCCGUCCACCUCCACCGGCGCCGCGCCGCGCAUCACCUCCACCGCCGCCGCCGGUGCUGCGUCAUCCUCGUCGGCGGCCUCAUCAGCGGGACCGUUGCCUGCUGCGGGCCGCUCCUCUUUGGUCACCAACGGCUUCAGUGCGGAGAGGACUGUGGGCACGAGCAUGGGGCGUGUCUCCAUGGAUGACAGCUACGUCAAGAAGGCCAAGGCGCCAAUGUGGGACGGCGGACUCGUGGCAGCGAGUCCACGUAAACCGGGAGGAACUGCCGCCGCAAACGCCGCGGCCGUUGGACUGGAUGACAGUUACGGAGAUGAUAAGGAGAAAAUUAGCCUCAUUAAGCUAGCUAGCAUGAUUGAAGUGGCUGCGAAGAAAGGCGCUCGGGAACUCAACUUAAAAGGAAAACUCAUGGCCCAGAUUGAGUGGAUACCUGAUUCAAUUGGAAAGCUCACUGGGCUUGUUACCCUUGAUAUUUCGGAGAAUCGGCUUGUGGCUUUGCCACCAACAAUCGGGAAGCUUUCUUCUUUGACCAAGCUGGAUCUUCAUGCUAAUCGAAUAGCUCAACUCCCUGACUCAGUUGGGGAUCUUCGCAGCUUGAUUUGCCUCGAUCUGAGGGGAAAUCAGCUUACAUCACUGCCCUCUAGUAUUGGGAGGUUGGCGAAUCUUGAGGAGCUUGACGUGGGUGCAAACCAUAUUGUCUCACUACCUGAUUCAGUAGGAAGCCUCACACGAUUGAGGAAGUUACUGAUUGAGACAAAUGACCUUGAUGAGCUGCCUUACACAAUAGGUCAUUGUGUUUCACUGGUGGAAUUGCAGGCAGGCUAUAAUCACCUGAAGGCUCUUCCAGAGGCUGUUGGGAAGCUAGAAUCUCUAGAGAUCCUCUCUGUGAGGUACAACAAUAUCAGGAGCCUUCCAACUACAAUGGCAUCUCUCACUAAGCUGAAGGAGGUCGAUGCCAGCUUCAAUGAGCUUGAGUCGAUUCCAGAGAACUUUUGCUUUGUCACUUCUCUUGUUAAACUGAAUGUCGGGAACAACUUUGCUGACAUGCAAUCCCUGCCUCGCUCUAUUGGCAACCUUGAGAUGCUGGAGGAGUUGGAUAUAAGCAAUAAUCAGAUUAGGGUGCUUCCAGAUUCUUUUGGAAUGCUGCAGCAUCUCCGUGUGCUUCGUGCGGAAGAGAAUCCUCUACAGGUGCCACCAAGGGAGAUAGCUUUAAAGGGAGCUCAGGCUGCCGUCCAGUACAUGGCUGAAUAUGCUGCCAAGAAAACUACAAAGCCACAGCCAGCGAAGGCCAAGAAGAAUUGGGCUCAGUUCUGCUUCUUCUCCAGGCCCAACAAAAGAAAGCAUGACCGGAUAGACACUGACAUGAUCGAUUGAAGGAUGCCAGGUGGUGCGUGGCUUAUCCCAGAUCCUUAUGCCCGUGGCUCGGAGAAAUUUGUGGUGAAAUGAGUAAAGUCGACGAUCAGGACAUGGUGGUUUCUCUUCGUGUCGUUUGUAGAUUUUUUUUUUUGGCGAGAACUUGUUUGUAUCUGUCAAUGGUUUUAUGCGUUCUGAAUGAAUGGUGGUUCUUCCAACUAGGGUUUGAUUGUACCGUGUUGCUGGAGGCAAUGAGGAACGAAACAUUUUUUGCAUGCCUUGUUUCCUUCCAUUUGUAUGAAGCCCAGACUUGAGUUGUCAUAGCCGGUGAUUUAACCGAGCCUUAAUGGAAUA